AUGAAAAGGAAAAACUACUACAGUAGUAGUAAUAAAUAUGAAGAUAAUGAAAGAUAUGAUGGGAAAAAAAAAAAUGAUCUAGUGUCCAAGGAAAGAAAAAAAGAUGAACACAAAAAAUAUGAUGAUAAACGAAAAGGGGAUGACAAACAUGUAGAUUACUCUAGUAACAGGAAGAAGGAGGAAGAGAAGAAACAUUAUAAAAAACAUGAAGAGGAAAAAAAAAAAAGUGUUAACAAAUAUGACAGUAAAAAACAUCAUGAUAAAAAGAAGUAUGAAGAGAAAAAGUAUGAACAAAAGAAAUUCGAAGAAGAAGAAGAAGAAGAAGAAAGGCGUAAAAGAGCGAAAAAGGAGGAUAAAAGGUACGAAGAUAUAAGGCAUCCUGAAAGGAAGCAAAGCGAGUGGAAGCAUGACGAUGCAAGGUAUGACCACAAAAAAGACAGUAGAAAAAAAAGCAAUGAAUGGAAAGAUGCUCAUAAAAAAUACGAUGAAAAAAGAAAGGGGAAAAUAAACAAUGAUAGGAAGGAUGAGGACUGUGCAUACCCUUACGAGAGGAGUGAGUAUGACAGAGAGUCAUCUACUCGUAGGCAUGUAAACAGAAACAUGAGUAAAAUCAUGAGCACAAAUAUGAGUAAAAACAUGAGCAGAAACGUGAGCAGAAACGUGAGCAGGAAUGCGAGUAAAAAUGCGAGUAAAAAUGCGAGUAAAAAUGCGAGUAGAAAUAGAAAUAUUUCUGUUAAUAGUAAACGCAUGGUUAGGUAUAAUGAUCAAAAUAAUUAUGCAUCCGUAAGUCCGGAUGAUAAUUAUUCUAAACGGAAUAAUAGUAUUAACAAGACAGGAAGGAGUGAAUACAGGAGUAGAAGUGUUAGCAAUGAAAUGUUUUAUGGUAACUAUCGUAACAGCAAAAAAAAGAUAGACCAGAAAUUUGCAAACAACAUGAUGCACCAUCAUCAUAAUCAUCUUAAUUAUGAUCAUGAUUAUAAUUAUGAUCGUCUUAAUCAUCCGCAUCAUUUAGGCAGGUAUGAUAAGGAUGAGAGUAAUACAAACAAUGAUAAGUCCAAGCGCGUGGCAUAUAAUAUGGAUGAUACUAGUAUAAAGAGAAGAAAUCGUAGUAGUACAGAUAUGAAAAAUAAGCAUGAAUAUGAAGAAAGGGGAGUAAAUGAUUAUCCAGUCAUGUUUAAUCAAAACAGUGUUUGGUAUAAUGCAAAUGUAAAUGCAGAUGUAAAUGCAGAUGUAAAUGCAAAUAUAAAUGCAAAUGCAAAUAUAAAUGCAAAUGCAAAUAUAAAUGCAAAUGUAAGUGCAAAUUACAAUGACAUAAAAAACUACAAUUCUAGUGGUUUUUAUUAUUAUGAGGAGGAGCAAAAGAUGGGAAAUAAAAAAAAUAAAAAAUUUAGAGAUUACAAAAUGAAAAAUAUGAAGAAUAGAGGUUCAAACAACAUGUUUACAAAUAACAAAGCAUUGAAUGCACUGGCAAAUGAUGACUAUGAAAACAUAGAUAGUAACAGUAUUCAUAUCGGUACUAACAGUAACAACAUUAAUAUUAAUAAUAAUAAUAGUAAUAACAAUAACAAUUACAAUUAUAAUAGUAAUAAUAAUAGUAAUAAUAACAAUAAUAAUUAUAAUUAUAAUUAUAAUAAUAGCAAUAAUAGCAAUAAUAGUAAUAAUAAUAAUAAUAAUAUCAAUAAUAGUAAUAAUAUCAAUAAUAGUAAUAAUAUCAAUAAUAGUAAUAAUGGUGCGAUCCAAACGGAAGAUAACCAUAAUAAUAUGAUGGUGUCUCAAUCUAUGAAAAAUUUUAUAAACACGAAUUUGUCCAAUCCUAUGGGGUUAUCAACGAACAGUUCGAUGAACUUAAUUAGUUACAAUAACAACUUAACUCCCUCAACAUUUAAAAGCAAUAUUAUAAAAAAUGCCAACAACAUGUCGUACAGUGCUUGCAGUAAUAACAAUGAUGUAUCUUAUAAUAGAAGUAAUAAUGUGUUUAACGAAAAUCAAACGAAUUCAUUGGGUAUUAAUAGUCAUAGUAAUUACAGUAGUACCCACAUUGGUAAUAGUAAUAACCCGUCCAACUCAGUGAAUGGUGGUACCAUAAAAAAUGGUUUUAUAAUGAGUAGUAGUAAUAACAAUAUUUCUAUUGUGCAUGAAGACCCAAGGGAAAUUUUCAAUUCUAAUAAAAAAAAAAUUAUGCAAUCAAAUGGUAUUGCAGAUCACUCAAGCUUUGCUAUUCCACCACCUCCAUACAGUGAUAAUAGAUUUUACAACAACAAUAUGAACAUACCACCACCAGGUAAUAGGAAGGCUCUGGUCCUUCUUCCGAACGACAAUCAGAUGAAAAUGAACAACAUGAGCAGUGUAGGUGGUAUGAACAACCCGAAUAUGAUUAACAAUCCGAAUAUGAUUAACAAUCCGAAUAUGAUUAACAAUCCGAAUAUGAUUAACAAUCCGAAUAUGAUUAACAAUCCGAAUAUGAUUAACAAUCCGAAUAUGAUUAACAACCCGAAUAUGAUUAACAACCCGAAUAUGAUUAACAAUCCGAAUAUGAUUAACAAUCCGAAUAUGAUUAACAAUCCGAGCAUGAUGAACAACCCGAAUAUGAUUAACAAUCCGAGCAUGAUGAACCACUUUAACCAGGUUGACCCCAUGCAAAAUAGACAAAUGAAAGGGCUGAACAACAUGAACACGUUAAUUUGCGAUGUGGACACGAAAGAGAAAAAUUUAGAAAAUACUUUACCAAAUAUACCAAACAAAAAUAUGGUUAACAUUAUCCCCCCACCUCCAGAUAUAGAUAAUAAAAAAAAUAAAAUGAUGACAUCUCCUAAUUCGAUGUUUAGUGAUAAUAAUAAUAAUAAUAAUAGUAAUAAUAAUAAUAAUAGUAAUAAUAAUAAUAAUAAUAGUAAUAAUAAUAAUAAUAAUAGUAAUAAUAAUAAUAAUAAUAAUAAUAAUAAUAGUAAUAAUAGUAAUAAUAAUAGUAAUAAUAAUAAUUCCUCUGCCCCCCCGAAUAUACCAAGAUAUAGCAACAACAGUUUAAUGAAUAGGAAUGCCCUUGCCCCCCCCUUUAACAGUAUGGUGAGUAGUACCAACAGUAGUAACAAUAUUAUGAACGGUAAUAAUAUUAUGAGCGCCAGUAACAUUAUGAACAAUAAUCAAAAGAUUAGCAAUAUGAAAUUUGCCGAAAAAAUGUCAAGUAACCCCAAUUAUAUAUCCCUAAAUGCAAAUAAUAUACCUCUUUCUCCUAAUAUGCCUAUGCACAAUAAUAGGAAAAUUAAUUUAGCAAAAAACUCUAGUCAGAUGAGAAAUAACAUAGUGACGAAUAUAAUAGAAGAUGCUGUAGUUGAUUUCAACGAGGAGAGUAGUAUGAUGAGCUUACAUCAUCCACUUAAUAAUAAUAGUAAUAAUAGUAACAAGAACAUUCCUCCAAACGUGUUAGGUAAUAAGAUGUACACGAUGAGUAAUAAUGAACAUAUGGACAAUUUCAACAUGAUGAACGAUUGCUAUGAUGAGAGUAGUAGACCCACCCAAAACCAUUAUCCACCUAUAAGCAGUGUAGUAAUGACUCAUAACAAUGUAAUGAAUGAUACGAACGGUAUUUCAGCAUUCAAUAGUAAAAAUAUGAUGGCUUCUAUGUCGAAGCUACAAAAUAGUGUUAUCCUUUCGAAGAAUGCGAGUAGUAAUGCGUUCUUAAUGGGUGGAACAGUAGGAACAGUUGGAGUUGUGGGUCAUGUUGGAUCAAAUAUGAACAUGCCUGCAACUUUUAAGGCGUCAAAUUAUAACGAGUCGAGUGAACAUAUGAUGAUGAUGAACUAUGAAGAGAUUAAUGCAAAUGCAUACCCGAAUAACAAUUUGAGUAGUAAUCAUAAUGAACAUUUGAAGGCAAUUCAUAUGUCUGAACAUACAAUGGAAUUAAAAAAUGAAUACAUAAUGAGAAGUAGGUUCAGUGCAAGUAAUUCUGUAGAAACCCCUAGUGCAAUGAGUAAUAAUCAAGAAAAAAAUAUGGAAAAGGAAAAAGACAACGAAAAGAAUGAUGAGGAUGAGGGUAAUACUGGUGAUAAUCAUGACGAUGAUGAUGAUCAUAAUGAUGGCACUGUCUCUCAUGUGAACGAAAAUAUUUUGCAUACCACUAUUUCUGGUGGCAGUGAAUAUAAAAAUAUAAGAAAUAAAAAAGAAUUAACGAAAGAAGAGAAGUUACAUGAGUGGCUUGAACAACAGCUUGUCAACCAGACAGACAUUUUAUCAGACGCUUUUCACUUAAUACCAUUAAUGUCCAGUUGGAGAAAAGCACCCCAUGUAGUCCUAGGUGGUAGUAACAGUAGUAGUAGUAGUAGCAGUAGUAGUAGCAGUAGUAGCAGCAGUAGUAGCAGCAAUAGUAGCAGCAGUAGUAGCAGCAGUAUUAGUAGCAGUAGUAAUAGAAAUAACCCUUCAUUGGCCAUAUCCCGCAAUAAGGAAAUACCAUUAUCUGUAGAUAAUAAGGAUGACAAUUUCUUACAUGCACAUGUACAGUUUAGAGGAACAACUGGUGAGUAUAUGCAUGAAGAGGACUUCUUUUCAAAUUUGCAUUUUGACGAAAAAGAGAAAUUUAUGUUUAAGGAAUUAAUCACCUAUAAGAUGUUAGAGAUGCAAAGUGCAAGUCAAAUGAGGGAUGAUACCACUGGUUCAGAUGUUUCCAUAGGUGUCAGUACUCCCAUUGAUUACACUUCUAUGGAUAGGUGGAGCAUCAUUGCGAAGGAUAACUACUAUCAGACAGUGAAGAGUAGUACCCCUGAUGAUGAUAACUCUGAGCAGAAUUUUUUGAACAACUUGAAGUAUCUAAUCACAUCAACGAAUAGAAAAAUGCAGAAAGAAAAACAAAAAAAAAGGUAUAUGAAGAAUACAAAAAUUGACUCCAAUUUUUUACGAAAUUUUGGAAAAACCAAAAGUAAUGACAUCCGUAGAAAUUGGAUGAACGAUUUUUUGGAUUUGAAUGAAAACUUAUUUACUUAUGUAAAUGAUAACAACAAAAAUGAAGAAAACAAAUAUGAAAAGUUAGUUUCAGCUAACGAUGGAACUGUGGACCAAAAGAAUAAGAAUACAAAUGAGGAAGACUCUAUCCAAAAUGACCAAGGAACGAAUAAUCACUUUCUAAAUAUUGUUAAGUCUAAUUUGAAAAGACCCUUCUCCUUGUUAACAAUGUUUAGUAAAAAGGAAGAGAAAAAAGGAGAGGAAGAACAAGGGAAUGGUGAUGAUACAUUGGAUAAUAGGGUAUUCAGCUUCUUACCCGAUAGCACAUAUAACGGCACAUCGGAUGAACUUCCAAAAAAGGAACAACAUGAAAAAGAAGUCCUCCAAACGAAUGAAGAAUAUUUAAAAGAACUAAAUGAUUUAUGUUUUAAACUCAAUUCAGAUGUAAAUUUAAGUUUAGACAAACCUAAUUUCUGCUACAAACGUUAUUUGCUCGACAUACUAUUACAGAAAUAUUCUAGUAGCACAAAAGAGAACCUUAUGAAUAAACACUUGCUAAAUGAUUUUAUGCACAUCUCUUCAUCUAAUUUGUUUUUUUUAAAUGAGUACACCAUCAUAUCAGAAGAAACCAUGUAA